AGUCCAUUUCAUCAAUUAUGUCUUUUCACAGUGGCAAUGGCAAAAGGUCUGAACCAUCCACCUCCACCGUUCAAGUGUCACAUACGUGUCAUAAAUUCGAAUUUGGUGAAAUUCUAUUAGCAACUGAAAGAUUUAGUGAAUCAUUAGUAAUUGGGAGAGGGGGCUUCGGUAAAGUAUACAAAGGCAAUGUUAUCAUUGGAACUACUCAUCAUGUUGUUGCAAUUAAAAGGUUGGAUUUGAUGUCUAAUCAAGGGGCGAUAGAGUUUUGGGCGGAAAUUGAAAUGCUUUCGAAGUUGAGGCAUGCUCAUUUGGUGUCUUUAAUUGGUUAUUGUAACCAUGAUAAUGAGAUGAUCCUUGUAUAUGAAUACAUGCCCCGUGGAACACUUGAAGAUCACCUCCAUAAACACCAUUCUCUAUCUUGGGCUCAGCGGCUCAAGAUUUGCAUUGGUGCGGCUCGUGGGUUAGACUACCUUCACACAGGUACAGGUCUUGAGUUUGGUGUCAUACAUAGAGAUGUUAAAAGCUCAAAUAUUUUGUUACAUGAAAGUUGGGGGGCCAAAAUUUCUGACUUUGGGUUGGCUAGAAUAGGACCAACAAAUCAGCCAUCUACUUAUGUCAACACGCUUGUUAAAGGCACUUUUGGGUAUAUUGAUCCAAACUAUUUCGCCACUGGAAAGCUAACAAGAAAGUCUGAUGUGUAUGCUUUUGGGGUGGUCUUGUUUGAAGUAUUGUGUCAAAAGCGACCAUUGGAUAAGAGUUUUGAAUGUGGCAUAGUUACAUGGAUACAAGAAUCAAUUAAAGAAGGCAAAUUGAAGCAAAUCGUCUAUUCAGGUAUAAGGGAUGAGAUAUCGACGAAAUGUUUAAAAGGGUUUGUUCGAAUAGCUCAAAGAUGCUUGGAUAACAAUCCAAAAUAUCGCCCUACCAUGACUGAGAUUGUCUUUAGCCUUGAAACUCUAAUGGCUAAAUUUGUUUUUCCCUUACAACAAAAAGCCAAUAAUCGGUUGCAGGCUCCAGGCAAGACGAUAUUUGGAAGAGUAUUUGAUGUGUUUCCUUCUAACACUCCUGGUGAAGACAAGCCCAUGGGUGAAGGAUCUAGCUACCCUAGUGAAGACUCCUCUCGUAAACACUUAGGGACCGAGACUUUUAGUACGUUGAUCACGGCGAAGGAGCUUGCGUUUUUGAAGUACCACAACCCGCUUUUCGGGAUCGAAAGGAUCGGAAAAGGUGAAAGUGGAGGGCUAUUUAAAACCGAUAUUAUUAUGGGGGGAAAGGUUCAAAGCAUCACGAUCAAAAGGAUCAUAGACAAGACAAAGGGCUCAGAAUUAUUGAACCAAAAGAUAAUUCAAAUGAAGUCGGAAAUCCAGACGGUUUGUCUAAUCCGUCAUCGGAACAUCCUACCAUUACUUGCUCACGUGUCUCGACCAAAUUGUCAUUACCUCAUUUACAAGUUUAUGAAAAACGGAAGCUUGCAAGACAUUUUGCGACAAGUUCAAGAUGGUAGACGAGAACUAGACUGGAUUGCGAGACACAAGAUUGCAAUGGGGAUUGCAAACGGGCUUGAGUAUCUCCACUUGGAUGUCACUCCUAGUAUAGUCCAUCGAAACAUAAAGCCCUCAAACGUGCUCCUUGAUGAUGAAAUGGAGGCCCAUAUUGCUGAUUUUGGGCUAGCAAAAUCAAUCCAAGAAACUGACAUCCAUAUGACAAAUUCUAAUAUUGUUGCGGGUACAUUAGGGUACAUUGCACCCGAGUGUCAUCAAACCAUGAAAUAUACAGAUAAAUGUGACAUCUAUAGUUUCGGUGUGGUACUCGGUGUGUUGGUUGUAGGAAGACUUCCUUCCGAUGACUUCUUUCAACAAACUUCACAACUAAGUAUGGUGAAUUGGAUGAGAAACAUUUUGACUUUGGAUGACCUGCGAGAAGCAAUUGAUCCAAACCUUUUAGGAAACGGGUACGUGGAACAAAUGUUUUGUGUUCUUAAAAUUGCUUGUUUUUGUACACUUGAUGAUCCAUAUAAGAGACCAAAUAGUAAGGAUUGUAGGAUUAUGUUGGCUCAAAUCCCGCACUGAAUAAAUGCAUAAAAAAGGCAAUUUUUUGUGA